GCCGCCGCCAUGGCGUCGUCGCUGUCCAGCGGCGGCGGCGGCGGGCGAAACGGCCUGGUCGUGUUCGUCGAGGGCCAAGCGUUCCACGUCGACCGCCCGUUGCUCACCAAGCACAGUCAGUUCUUCAGGAAGACCCUCGAGAAGCUGGAGAACCGGAACAAGCACAAGCUCAAAUUGUCGGGCGUUUCCGCAGCGACAUUUGCCGUGCUACUCAAGUACAUGAACACGGGUGAAUUGCAAGUAACACCAGAAAAUGUGGACGACGUGUUUAACGCGGCCUUCCGUCUUCACAUGUCCGAUGUUGUCAAGCAUUGCAUUCAGAUGGAGACGGAGACGACGCCGACGGGCCAGCAGAUCCUCAUGUUCUCCGCGGCCCGGCGCCUGAACAUGGCCGAGGAGGAGCAGCGCGCCUACCAGUUCCUCACGGCGCACUUCAUGUCGGUGGUGGCCACCCGCGAGUUCCUCGAGCUGGACGCCGAGGACGUCGUCCGGCUGCUGUCCGCCGACACUCUGGGAUGUCACUGCGAAGAAGAAGUGUUUGAGGCGGCGAUGCGCUGGCUCAACCACAUUCCCGAAGAGCGGUCUCCCCACAGCGAGAAGCUCAUGGCCGCAGUGCGCUUCAACCACAUGAACCUGAGCGAGCUACACCACUGCCUCGAGUAUCCUGGCGUUGCCGAGAUGGAGCCCGUCAAAAAGGCCGUCCUCGACGCCAUCUACUCCUGGGUCGCCAGUGAAAAUGCUUCCAAGGACUUCGACAAGAGGAACGUGCGGCACUACACACCGCUGCAGGAAUGCUCCAACGUGAGUGCCACUGUCGCCAUGUCGUCCCAUGUGCCGUGA